UUGUGUUGCAUUUUUCCAGGUGUUCAGCUCAUCUGCGUCACUCAUUAACUCAGCCAAGCCCUGCCGGGCUGCUGAUAGCGUGACAGUUACACCAACAUCUUUUCCAGUUGCAAUGCGCGCUCGCUGCCGUCAGGAGCUUAUUUUAGCAUUCUUCUCUUCACAAGACGCCAACAUUUGGGAAUUUCACCUUGGAUGGAACUGCACAGUUUUCCCCGUGCUCCGAGCCAAAAUUCUCUUUAGGGAGACGAAUGAAGAGGAACCUUGACCCUUGACCUCCUCAUCAUCACCAUCAGCAUCAUGCUGUUCCUGGCGCACACGGCCCAUUGGCAGUUUGUGGGCUUGCUGGCCGGCUGCCUGGCGUGGAUCCUCAUCAUGGCCACGGCGGGCAUGGACGAGUGGCGCCUGUGGCACGUCGACCCCGAGAACCGCACGGCCCUCAUCGCCUCGGGCGUGGCCUGGGUUGGCAUCUGGCGGGCCUGCUUCCACAGCCACGCCCUGCCCAAGAUGGAGAACUGCCAGAGCAUGGGCGUCUCGGACGGCUUCGUCCCGGUGGAAAUCCGGGUGGCGCAGGUUCUGGUGGUGCUGGCCAUGCUGGGCGGCCUGGCUGGCAACGCCGCCGCAGUCGAGGCGGUCAGGCGGGUCUACUUCUCCAUUGAGGAUCGCGGCGGAGUGCGUGCGGCCUUCGUCCUGGCGGGGGCGCUCUAUGUCCUCACCGUGGCGCUCGUCCUGGUGCCCCUGGUGUGGAACAUGAGCUCGGUUUUGAGCAACGGCACCAUCCCCUUCCCGCCCCGCUUCGGGCUUCCCGCCGCUCCCGCCAGCCAGGGAGUGGGCACGGCCAUCGGGGUGGGCUUAGUGGCCGCCGUCCUGAUGCUCGUCAGCGGGCUGCUGUUUCUCAGCUACCGACACGUGUGGAGAACCCUCAAACCCGAGCUGCACGGACGGAGAGUGGCAGAGGAGGACAAGCAAGGCAGGGAUAAUCUCACUUUCCAUGCUGAUCAAGUGUUGUGAUGGCAAAAUGAAAACAUAUGACAGCUUGAUUAGGGUUCUAAAAUCAAAUACAUUUCAUUUUCAGACGGAAGUGUUCCGUGGGAGUUAAUGGGGAAUUUAUGGGAAUCAAGGAAUUAUUGGGAAUAAACCAGGAAUUUACAAAAAUGAACAUUGGCUCUUACUAGGGAUCAUAAAUAUACAAAGCCCAAUUCCAAUGGUUUUGCAGCAACAUAUGCUGCCAUCCAAGUAAUGUCGUUUUCAAGGAUGUCCCUGCUUAUUUCAGCAAGACUUUGCCAAGUCACAUUCUGCAUGUGUUUACAACAGUGUGGCUUUGUAGUAAGAGUGCGGGUGCUAGACUUGAUUUACAAGUGCCCCACUUUACAAGCUGUUGUUUAUAAGCUGUCGACUGGUCAAUUUGAUUUGUAUUAUUAUUUUGUUUUUGUUUAUUUUAUGUUUGCGUAUUUUGCGUGUGUUGCGACUUGCGAGCCCAAAUUUGACUACGCUUCUGGACGGCUGCCGUCGGAAAAAAAUGUUGUAUUUAAGAUGUGGACAAGGAGAGCUUUGUAUUUUGCAUGCCUGCCUGCUUAUGACAAAACAAAAUGUUUAUAAUUAGGCUCGAGAAUGACACCUGUGCGUUUAAUUACUGUCAGCCCUAUAUUGUCAAAAUAUCAAUACUGCAAAGUAUACGCUUUUUUUUUUUUUUUUUUUUUUUGCAACACUAUCAAUUCAGUAACAUCAAAUAUCGAGAUGGCCCUGGAUCAUAACGCCUUCCCAAGAAUAUUGUAUCAAUACACCAUAUGGCUAUUGUGACAUAUUAUCCUCUGUUUUACGAUACAGUAUCAGUACACCAUCAUCAAAUAUCACUUUUGCAAUGUAUUUCGAUGUUUCGUAUGAAUGCAAUACGGUGAUGUAUGAGGCGUGUCGGUGGGUCAGCUUGACAAUGCGAGCGUGGAUGUGGGAGGCGGACACGUGAGAUUUUUGGGAGAAGGGGGAGCCGCCGACCGGCCAGCCGGAGAUGAAAAGAGAGGAGUGGGGAGCGGCGGCCCACUCUGGGGAAAAACAAAAGGCCGUUGAGUCGCUGUCAGAAACACAAGUUCAGCAAGAGUGGAGCACGAGUGGCCCUCGAGUGGCGCUCGGAGCGCUGGAGGAAGAGAAAUUCCCAAAAGUGAAGGAGCACAACGGUUGCAUAUUCUCCCAGCCCCAUC